UAAUUUUAUUUCAUUUUCUUUGUUUCUAGAGAAACUAACAAAGUCACCCAUUCCCCAAAAUGUGAGAGAGCAAUGCGAUAUUGACAUUGAGAAAUGGAGAGAGGAAGACAAGAUUUACUACGAAACGCACAGUUUUCCGUCAGUGAUGGAGAAAGUGAGGAACCAACCUUGCAUGACGUUUGUUGGUGUGCCUGGGUCCGGGAAAUCUGCCACGGCUCACCACAUCGCCCUCAAGCUCCAGGAGGAAGGUUACGAGGUUGUACCAGUUGAUGAAAUCAGAGAGAUAAAGCAAUACCGUGACACAAAGAAUCCUCAGGUUUUUGUUAUUGAUGAUGUGGUGGGCGUAUUUGGCCUCCAGAAAACUAAAUUAGAUGUGUUGACUGAUUAUGAACAGAGAACAAUACAGCCUUGCAUGGUUAAGUCUAGAACUUUGAUGACAUGUAGAGAGACUGUGUUCAAUGAGUCACUACCUUACAAACCAUUCCUUAUCAAAGAAGAGACUGUGAUUAAAUUACACAGUUCUGAUCAUGCAUUAGAUGGCAAUGACAAAAUACAGAUUCUCCAGAAGUAUGGUUUGAAUGUUAAUAUAAUAUCACCUGCAAUGCUAACAUCAACAUCUCGCAUGUUUCCUCUUCUCUGUAAAUUGUUUUCAAAGGAACCAAAAUUCCAAGCUCUUGGUUCAGAGUUUUUCAUAAAUCCAAUCCAAUGUAUCAUUGAUGAACUUGAUGAUAUGCAGAGGCAGAACAGACUGAAUUAUGUAACGCUUGUUUUGUGUAUGCUAAAUGGAAAUUGUCUCUCAAAAGACGUUCUAAAAGAUAGACAAAAUCAAUAUUUUAUGAACAUGAAAACUGACACUUUGGAAAAUUGUGAAUUAGAAAGCCACACCGAUGCAUUCAAGUUUGUGAAUGCCUUGUCAAUAAUGGAGGGGACAUACACAAAACAGUGUGGUGCAAAAUACACAUUUAUACAUGACUCCUUGUUUGAAAUCUGUGCUUACCAAUAUGGCAAACAGUUUCCUGACCAAAUGUUGCAGUAUAUGAGUAGUAUUUAUAUUGCUAAUUAUGUCAAACCACAGACAAGUGAAACAGGUAUUGCUAAGAAAGUAAAAGAGAAACAGAGCAAUUCUCAAUCUAUUGAGGAGGAUAAGAGUAGCGUUGAUAGUGAUAUAAAAGGCCAAAAUGAGAACGCGAGUGAUGAUGAAAACAGUAAGAGAGAGGAAUCGUCUGAUCUGUGUAUAAGGUUACGUGAGGAUCAGUACCCACUGUUAACAGAGAGAUUGUACAGAGACAUACAGAACAUGGAACUGUAUGAUGUUUUCAGGAAUCAGGUUUUAAAACAUCCCCAAGUAUGUCAGGCUUUUAUUGGUGUGUUAAAGACAAAGUCAUAUACAGAAUUGAAAUCCGUAUUUCUGUCCAGUCAGGGAAACAUAGAUAAGAUAUUGAGUAAACAAGAGUGUUUGGUGGAAGAGAGCGAGGGGUGGAGUGAGUGGAGGAUACAGGGGGUGGUAGUGGAUAAGAGAAAUAAACUAGAUGAUAAGGGAGAAGCAUAUGAAGAAUACAAUGUGAGAGUGAUCAGUUGGGUGACUAACUAUGGACAUUAUCAGAUAUUAGAAUACAUAGUACAACAGACUGAACAACACAAAGAAGUAAGUGAAUUGUUUGGGAUAACAGGAAAUUCCCCACAGGAAUCUAGAUCUGAGAUAUUUGAAAAGAAUAUAGUUUUUAAUAAAUCUAGAAGAGAAGGAAUGAUAGAGAGAUUUGGAAUAGAUGCAUGUAAUAAUCAGGACAACGAUAGGCCUGUAGAACAAUCUACAUCCGAGAUAUAUACAUGUAAUGAACAGGAAAGUGAAAUCAAUAGGCUUGUAGAACAGUGUAGAUUACUUGCAUUGAGUUGUUACAGUGGUGAUGUACAGACAGUCAGAGUUCUGCUUCCUAUCUGUAACAAAGCAAUCACUGGGAUAGGUCAGGUCAGUGAAGAUAUUCAAUGGUAUUCACCUCUUAAUGCUGCAUGUGAGAUAGGACAUGUGAGUAUAGUGGAUGAGCUGGUGAAGGUGGGGGCUGAUGUCAAUCUACAGGAUAUAUGGGGGGAUACACCACUGAUAGCUGCAUGUGAGGGAGGUCAUGUGGGUGUAGUGGAGGAGCUGGUGAAGGUGGGGGCUGAUGUCAAUGUAAAGGGUAGAUGGGGGAAUAAUACACCACUGCUAACUGCAUGUAAGGGAGGGCAUGUGAGUAUAGUGGAGGAGCUGGUGAAGGCAGGGGCUGAUGUCAAUCUACAGAAAAAUUACGGGAAUACACCACUGAUAGCUGCAUUGGAGGAGCUGGUGAAGGCGGGGGCUGAUGUCAAUCUACAGAAUAAUUACGGGAAUACACCACUGAUAGCUGCAUGUGAGGGGGAACAUGUGAGUAUAGUGGAGGAGCUGGUGAAGGCGGGGGCUGAUGUCAAUCUACAGAAUAAUUACGGGAAUACACCACUGAUAGCUGCAUUGAAGGAGCUGACGAAGGCAGGGGCUAAUAUCAAUCUACAAAAUUAUAACGGGAAUACACCACUGAUAGAUGCAUGUCAGAGAGGACAUGUGAGUAUAGUGGAGGAGCUGGUGAAGGCGGGGGCUGAUGUCAAUGUACAGGGUAGAUGGGGGAAUAAUACACCACUGAUAGCUGCAUGUGAGGGAGGACAUGUGAGUAUAGUGGAAGAACUGGCGAAGGUGGGGGCUGAUGUUAAUCAAAAGAAUAAAUUGGGGAAUGUUACGCCACUGAUAGCUGCAUGUAUUAGGGGACAUGUAAGUAUAGUGGAGGAGCUGGUGAAGGCGGGGGCUGAUGUCAAUCUACAGAAUAGUCAGGAGAAUACACCAAUGAUAGCUGCAGUAAGAAAUUGUUCUUUAUCAACAGUGAAAUGUCUAGUGGAACAUGGAGCUGACUGGGUUACUAAGGUUGUUGAUAUCAAUGUGUCAGCAGUAUAUAAAGCAUUAAUACUGAACAAACCAGAUAUAGUGAAAUAUCUCAUACAGGAACAAAAUAAAAUCACUCCAGGUACAUUGAAUGGAAAUGUACACCUAUUUAACUGUCUGGUGGACAUCAGACAUGCUGGAGUUAAAACAGACAGUAGGGAUGAUGUGGUGGUGACAGACAGAUCAGUGUGGUGUAUGGAUAGAGGGGGAGAUUUGUGGGCGACAAUCAGUGAGGAAGAUUGUGAUGUACUGCGGCAUCUGUUGUGUGUGGGUCUGGAUGUCAAUCAGUCGAUACAUUUGUAUGAUAAGUACAAAGAUAAGUCUGAUGUGAGACCUCUGUUGUAUACACUGAUUGAUGUACAUUAUCAUAAUAAUAGGGAAAAGGUGAUCAUGUUGCUGUGGGAGGGGGCAGACGUCAAUGUCAGGAUGAGUAAGUGUGAAUCUGUGUUAUAUAGUCUAAGGUGUAGAGAGUAUGACUCUGUGUUAGACAGGGAGUGUGUGUCUGUUUUAGAGAGGACGAGGCGACUGGUGUGUAAGUACGGUGAAUAUUCAAGGACUGACUACAAGCGAGUAUUGUGUGAGAUCAAGAAACAUGUCAGAAGACAUUCUGUAUAG